GCGUGUAAGCGGGACGCGGAACAAAGUGGCAACAUUGCGUUCUUCAACGAGCAAGCAGCAAGCGCUGAAUUGUUCAGAAAAAUGCUGUACGAGUACAUCACACAAUGUGCAUCCAAGGGUCCUGGAUGCAAAAGGGACAGGUUUGACUGGGUGACGUAUCAGCAGCGUGUCUAUGCACAGAAGCAGCUCACCAAGGGCCACAAGUUGAAGCCCAUGUGUUACGAGAAGUGGAUGAAGCAUUCCCAAGAAGAAGAGUUUAAGAGCUGGCAGGAAGCGCACUCCGAAUGGCAGCGCAUGGAGGCCAACCCGGAGGUUGAGCGAGAUCAGCUUGGCCCGAAGCAGAGCCCAUUGCGACUUCAUUGCCCUGCUGGUGAUUACAUCAAGAAAGAAGACAUCUCCGGAGUUGCGAAUGAGAGACUGGCUGGAACCAAGCAAAAGAAUAAGCCUGGUGCCAAGGACAUUGAGGCCCUAGAUGAGCAGAUUCAGGCCCACUUGCCAGGUUGGGAUGAUCCUCGAUUGCGCAUUGGGGACUACUCUGGCAAAACUUCUUCGCUGUUCCUCCUCAAUGGUGGCCAUGCUGUGCGGGAAAAGCGCGUGGAGGGCUUGAAGGACAGCCGCCAGCAUCGUCUGGUGACCCAAAGCCAGCAAACCCCAAGGCUGCCGCAGAUGUUGCCCAAGAAGUAUGAUGAAGUCCUCAACACCUUGAACAAGGAUAGGAAGAUGUGGGAGUCCACUUUGCAAACCGCCAAUGACAGCAUCAAAGCCUUCCUUGCUGACAACAGCCGUGAGGAUUACAAGCAUUUCUUGGCGCUUGCAGAAGUGCGACUCAAUGUCUUGAGCGCUGUCUUGGAGAAGAACAUCACACGUGAGGAUCUUCAGGAGCGACUUGCAAAGCUUACUGACGAGGAGAAAACCUACUUGCCGUGCAACAUCGACUUGUUUGUGAGGCCACUUGACAUGGUGGACAAGAUCAAGGCCAUUCUCGUGGCUGUCAGCAAAGAGGACUUGGCAACCCGGAAAGAGGCG